AUGAGUUUUUCAAUGGGACUCCCUUGGUCGUCUGGCGAGGAACGGAUGCAUCAACUUUUACAUGUUCCCGACCAAGACAACCCGACAUCUUCCUUGUUGACACCUCAGGCAUCGUUCCUACUUCAAAGAGCCCCUCUGCUUGCAGUUGGCACUGUAGAUGACCAUGGACGGCCAUGGGCUACCAUUUGGGGUGGUGAGCCCGGCUUCUCGCAAUCGUUGGGCUCGUCCAUUAUGGGCACGCGGACAAUUGUCGACAGGAAAAACGAUCCCGUGGUUCAGAUUCUCAUCGGAGACCGGGACGAUGGGGAGAUCGUGAAGAGCGAGGGGCCUGGGAGGAUGGUAGCGGGCUUGACAAUUGACCUAGUGACCCGAAAGCGAGUUAAAAUCUACGGACGAAUGGUCGCCGCUGCUCUGGACGCUAUGGAAAAGAGUGACGAUGAUCAGGGCGAUGCUGACAACUCCACUUCCGGACAGAUUCAAUUGGUGGUGAGGAUUGAGCAGAGUCUAGGGAACUGCCCCAAAUAUUUGAAUAAGAAAGACAUACGACCGUCUCCUGUAGCAUCGGAACUUCUAUCACGAUCUGCCAAUUUACCCAUACACGCAAUGAAACUUCUGCAAAAAUCAGACCUCUUCUUCAUUUCCAGUGCCAACGCUGAUUACGACAUGGACACCAAUCACAGAGGAGGUCCCCCCGGAUUUGUUCGAGUGCUGCGCAACGACGACGGUGGUGCAGAGCUGGUGUAUCCUGAGUAUAGUGGCAACAGACUGUAUCAGACACUCGGCAACUUGCUAACCAAUCCGGUAGCGGGAGUUGUCUUUCCGGAUUUCGAUUCUGGCGCCGUCUUGUACGUGACUGGGACCACUGAAGUAGUUGUAGGCUCCGCUGCCGCCGAAUUGCUCCCUCGGUCGAAUUUAGUCGUAAAGAUUAAGAUCGUAGAAGCCCUUUACGUCCAGAAAGGGCUUCCCUUCCGUGGGACUACUGGAGACUUCUCGCCAUACAACCCUAACGUACGAUUACUCGCGAAAGAGAGCAGCAUCAACGCGGGCCUAAAACAAACUGCUACCAAUAGAGCGACGCUUGUGAAGAAGACGCAGAUUACGGCUGAUAUCUACCGGUUUCGAUUUACUACGACAAGACCGGAGCCUUACCGCGCCGGCCAAUGGGUUGCGUUGGACUUCUCCGAAGAGCUAGACAUUGGAUACAGUCACAUGCGAGACGAUGACCCGCAAAGCUUAAACGACGAUUUCAUCCGGACGUUUACUAUAUCCUCUCAUCCUGGCAAUCUACCUUCGAGCGAGUUUGAGAUUACUAUCAGAUCAGUUGGUCGUGUGACCGCGUUUCUCUGUCGCCAGAACGAACGAUCGGGCCUGGAAAUUCCACUACGGGGGAUAGGAGGCGAUUUUGCUGUCAAAGAGGAUAGCAAUAGUCUCAUUCCAUUCAUUGCUGGAGGUAUUGGGAUCACGCCUCUGCUGGCUCAGCUUCCAGAUCUACCUCUUGAUCGGCUUCGACUGUUUUGGUCCUUACGUGCUGGUGAUCUAACACUGGCGUUGGACGCACUUGAAACUUAUCCUAGGCUCCAUUCCCAGACAACCUUAUUCGUGACGGGAUCAAUAAAUCAAGGGAUGGAAGAGAAAUUGACGUCAAUCGGCGCCAAGCUUGAAAAGAGAAGAAUACUCGCCGAGGAUUUGAGGACAGUUGAUGCUGAAACUUGGUACUUUUGCACGGGAUCUGUACUGCGGAAGGCAUUGCUGGGAUGGCUGAAAGGUCGGACGCCUGUAUUUGAGGAUUUCAACUUUUAG